AUGUGCGAGUCCAGAGUAGUAUGUUACCCGUUUCACCCGUUCAUGCUCCUGAAAGCAUGCCACUGCCAGUGCGGAAUUCAGUAUGUUACUCGGUCGGAGAAGCGGUUGGAGCUGGUGUUCACAAAACACCAGUGGGGGGGACCACCCACUACAGUCUCACAAGAUCCUGUGGGAAUCACUGCCGUUGUUGACACAGUCACAGCAAAAGUUCCACUUCACAUCCCACAGAACGGCUCUUUGCAGUUUAUUCUCACCGGGUGCUUGGAGGCAUUUGUGCGAGCGUUGGCGGACUUCACUCAGAACGGUUCAGAAAAAAGAAGGGUUUUGGAGUUGUGUAGCAAAGAAGGCUCAGCAGACUACAACAGCUUUGUCAGGGACGCCAAUGUAUGUUUGCUUGAUCUGCUUCGGGCCUUCCCAUCCUGCCUUCCUCCACUCAGCCUUCUGUUUGAACAUUUGCCAAAGCUUCAGCCCAGAGCCUAUUCUGCUGCCAGCUCCAGCCUUCAGCACCCUGGGAAAGUUCAUUUCGUGUUCAAUGUUGUGGAGUUCCCUGCACGUCCCGAGCAUCUGGCGAGGACGGGGUUGUGCACGGGCUGGCUGGCUGAUCACGUCUCCUCAAUCUUGCGGCCCCUUGGGACGGUACCGGCUUCAGAGCAUCUAGGCACAUCAGCCCUGCCGAAGGUACAUGUCAGGCCUCGUCCCAGCAGCACCUUCCACUUACCAGCCGACCCGUCUAUUCCUGUAGUGAUGGUGGGUCCUGGGACAGGUGUGGCCCCCUUCAUUGGAUUUCUUGAACAAAGGAACAUUGAAGAGAAAGAACGAGAAGCGAACCAGGAAGCAACUUUCAGAGAGACAUGGCUCUUUUUUGGAUGUCGCCACAAAGACAAAGAUUUUCUUUUCAGAGAGGAGUUGGAGAGAUUUGCACAUAAUGGAACCCUGAGCCAUCUGAUCGUGUGCUUCUCCAGAGAUGAGCCUGAUGCAGCGGGAACUGUUAACAGUCCAACAUAUGUCCAGCAUAACUUGCGUCUCCAUGCUAAAAAUGUUGCCAGCAUCCUCCUCAAAGAUAAAGGCUGUCUCUAUGUCUGUGGGGAUGCAAAGAACAUGGCAAAGGAUGUGAAUGACACACUACUGGAGAUCAUAGGAAAUAAACUUCAAAUCGAUAUACUGGAUGCUAUGAAGAUAGUAGCAGGACUUCGUGAGGAGAAGCGAUAUCUACAGGACAUCUGGAGUUGAGAAAGCACACAUACAGAACACAAACAAAUAUCGUAAUAAGUGUCUUAUUUGUGGACAGAUUUACUAGCUACUUUUUGGCUAUGUUAUUUCAUAUCUACACAACAGGUUUUACUGAGUGAUAGCCAAACUCAUUAACCAACUGCCUUUCAACUGCCUUAAGUCUCAAGGCUUUUCCCCUCCUUUUCAAGUAUUUUAAAAGCUUUUAGUGAAUUAUCUGAAGGUAUGGUUAAACACACUUAGAUUAGAUAUGUUUGGUCAAAACGUUUUAACUGUGCCUUUUAUGCUAUUAUUAAAGAGGAGUCCCACAUAACCGUUUCAUUCUUUGAGGACGGUUUCUGUAGGGUUUAGAUACAGCUCAGGUAAAAUAUACAUAAUGCAUCAGACUCGGAAGGCAGGAGGAUGCUAGAAACGAGAAACCAAAACAUGACAGACUGGAUGGGAAAACUGUCAGAAGCUGCCAAAUCCAGGAUCAACUGCAGCAUUUCCGUGUUUUUCUAUUCCAACAGUUUUUUUAAGAUUAGAGAGGAUAC